AUGCAGCGACUCAUUAGCGCGUACGCGACCUUUCUCGGUCUCCCGUUCGGACCGGAGCUCGCGUCCAUGGUGUCGAGCCCGAGUGCGCUGCACGCAAGCAAGGUGAACGACGCCAUUGCGUUCAUUGAAGCCCAGCGCGAGCGCUUCCACUACCCGGGCCUCGCCCUCGCUGUCGUGCAAGGCAACCACACGUUGAUUGCCCGCGGCUUUGGCACCAAGCAGGCCGGCGUGAACACGGAUCCCGUCGACGCCGACACGCUCUUUGAGCUCGGGUCCGUAUCCAAGACGCACGUGGCCAUCGCACUCGCCAAGCUCGUCGACGACGGCAAGCUCCAGUGGCACGACACUGUCAAGCAGCACCUCCCGUGGUUCACGCUCCAAGACAAGUACGCUGAAGAAGUCACGACGAUCGGCGACCUCGCGUCGCACAACUCGGUCUUUGGCGACCACGAGGGCGACGAGCUGCAAAUGAUGGGUGUGAUUGCCUCGGAGCGCGAAGGGAUCGAACGACUUCGGUACAUGAACACGACGCGAAAGGUCCGACCGGGCUUUGCAUACUCGAACGUCGGCUUCAACGUCCUCGGUCAAGUCAUUGGGGCCGUCUCGGGCACCCACUGGAGCAAGUACAUGGCGACCGAGAUCUGGCAGCCGUGGGGCAUGAAGUCGACGUAUGGUAACGCGGCAGACGCGCCAGCAUCGCGCUUGACGCAUGGGCACAACACGUGCAACGGGGUCGUCAUUGGCCCGUACGCGCUGACGUCGUCGAGCUUGGCCAAGCUCAGCCCCACCGUCCCGAUGCUCGCAGCAGGCUCGAUUGUCUCGUCGGCCAACGACAUGGCAGCGUUCCUCAAGCACGUCUUGGCCAAAGGCGGCGCGACGUUCAAGUCACCGCAGUCGCUCGCGACCAUCUACUCGGGCCACGGUAUCAUUGAGCUGCCCGACCCGAGCUCGCUAUUGGCCACGCUGGGUCUGGACGCGACCAAUCUGGACGGCACCGGGGUGAUGACGGGGUACGGUGUCGGUCCUAUUGGCGAUCUCUUCUUUGGCGAGCGCUUUGCUAUGAAGAAUGGCGGCAACAAGGCUGGGACGUGCACGACAGCCUAUGUGCCGGCGCACGGACUCGGCCUCGUUUUUCUCGCCAACAAGGCGUCAAUGGGCGGGAAAGCGCAUGAGGCGACGCUUCUCGAGCUCAUGCGCUCGUAUGUGCUCGGGCUUUUCCUCGGAAUUCCCAAGGCGACGUUGACCGAAGUCUUUGAACGCGGACUGGCGGUUGCCGACAAGCGCCCCGAAUUGCCUUGCGAUGCGCACUAUUUCGAGCACCAGCCGUGGCCAAAGAGCAAUGUCACCGUACCCAGCACGAGCGUCCUUCCGGGCACGUACCUUUUGGAUACGUCGCCCGACUACUACGGCCCGAUCGUCAUCUCGCUUCGGAACGGCACUUUGCACUUGACGUAUGGCGCCAUCAGCGUCGACCUCAUUGCGAUCAGCGACACGGAGUUCAUUCUGCCGUACGACUUUAUGGCGAUAGAGCUCCGUCUUGCGUUCUCUGUACCAACGGCAUCUACGCCCAAGCCAGUGCUUGUCUUUUUCGGCAAGGUGGCGCACCAAGUGUAGACGGCCAGAGUGCUCCGACACUAUAGCGUUGGCGAUGCAAAGGUCUAGGACUUGGGCCCCUCAAUAAUGAACUAGUAUAAUGCGGUAACCUCCUC